GAUCCGUCAUCCAAAUUGUCAAAUCACAAAAAUCAGAAAAAUUUCCAACGCACGUCUUCACAAAAAUCUUGGUUGCUACCUAUUUCAAUUAUUUCUUUUUUCAAUUUUGAGAACAAUAACUAUGUCUGAUUGGGAUACAGUAACAAUUUUGCGUAAGAAGCCACCGAAAGCAUCUGCCUUAAAGACUGAACAAGCUGUAAAUGCUGCUCGACGACAAGGUUUACCUGUAGAAACUCAACAAAAGUAUGGUGCCGGAACAAAUAAACAGCAUGGAACAACGAAAAAUACAGCUAAACUCGACCGAGAAACCGAAGAACUCAAACAUGAAAAAAUACCAUUGGACUUAGGCAAAUUGAUAAUGCAAGGACGACAAGCUAAAGGAAUGAGUCAAAAAGAUUUGGCCACAAAAAUAUGUGAAAAACCACAAAUCGUUAAUGACUAUGAAGCUGGUCGUGGUAUUCCAAAUAAUAUUGUGCUCGGGAAAAUCGAGAGAGCAAUUGGAAUAAAACUUCGUGGAAAAGAUCGUGGCCAACCGCUACAGCCUCCUGGAGAAAAGAAAUAACGGAUUCCCUGGGAGGCGAAGACUAAUCUCCGAAUUUUUAUUGGAUAUUUUUUGCCGUUUUGCUAUAUAAUGUGUCGUAAUCGUAAUUUUAUGCAGGUUAUAACCUAAAUGAUGUAAGCAUUUAUUUCUCAAUAGUUUCCAGAAAGUUCUGAGAUGUUACCAACACGAAAAAGUUGAUAAUAUAAAAGUCGUGAAUCGUGAUUGCAAUAAAUAUUAUUUACUACUA